UAUCAUUGGGAGAUUUUGGUUAAACCACCAAAUCAAAAGCAAUGGAUUCGACCUUGUGUAAUUCUGCGAUGAGAGCCAAUAUCGGAGAUGCCAAUUUUCUACUAGCUGAUCAUCUGAAAAGAGAUGAAGAAAAUGGAUACCAAGUCACUCCGAAGGGCAACACGGUCCUUCAUGUCGCUACCCUCUAUGGCCACUCCGAUUUCGCGAGAGAAGUCCUAAAGAUUACUCCGGCAUUAUUAUGCUGUCAAAACAAGAAAAAUGAAACUGCACUUCAUAUAGUAGAUAAUGAAGGGCAUACUGAAGUAGCACUUGUGCUACUUGCAUGUUUAAGAGAUCAUAAUACUAAGGAGAAGCUUACGAGUAUGACAGAUGCUAGUGGAGAUACAGCGCUGCACAAGGCCAUGAGGAGCCAACAUCUAGAUGUGGUUAAGCUCUUUGUGAAAGAAGAUUCUGAAUUCGAAUUUCCGCCUAACCAUGCACAAGAGACGCCAUUGUAUCUGGAGGCUGAAUCUGGUUUUCAUGAUGCUUUGAUUAACAUCUUGGAAUCCUGCAAGAAACCAACUCAUGCUGCAGGUCCAUCUAAUAGAACGCCGCUGCAUGCAGCAGUAAUUCAGGAACAUAGAGAUUGCAUUAGAUCACUAUGGCGAUGGAAUAAGCCUUUAUGCGAGGAACCUGACUUAUGGGGUUGGAAUUCACUGCACUAUGCAGUUAAAUUAGGAUUGGGGGAUGUAGUUUCUGAUAUGCUGGGUUGGAAAAAAAUCUUUAGUGUACCUUCUGGCUGGCAGGAGAAAUUGGUGGUGGAUUUGUGUAGCAUUGGCCGAGUUGGAAAACGUGACUUUGAGGUAAAGCGGAAGUUAGAGUACAUGUCCAAUCCAAAUGCAGAAACGGGAACAGGAGUCAAAAUGCAACUGAGGGAAGAUGAUCAAGAUAAAGCUAAAAAGAAAGAUCAAGCAGAAAUCGAAAGUAUUAUGAAGAUAGCUCAAAUCCAUAUUGUUGUGGUCACUUUGAUAAUGACAGUCACUUUCGCCGCAAGCAUCACAUUGCCAGGAGGUUUUGAGAGCAACACCAAUAGCUCUAAUCAAGGGAUGGCAAUUCUAACAAGGAAAACAGUAUUUCGUGCAUUUGUUGUUUCCGAUGCCAUUGCCUUCACAUGCUCAGCUGUUGCCAUAUUCAUCUGCUUCCUCAUGGAAAAUGAGACACCACUAUAUUUGGCGGCUGAAUAUGGUUUUCAUGAUGCUUUGAUUAAUAUCUUGGAGUACUGCAAGAAAGCAACUUAUUCUGCAGGUCCAUCUAAUAGAACGCCGCUGCAUGCAGUAGUAAUUCAUGAACAUGAAGAUUGCAUUAGAUCACUAUGGCGAUGGAAUAAGCCUUUAUGCGAGGAACCUGACUUAUGGGGUUGGAAUUCACUGCACUAUGCUGUUAAAUUAGGAGUGGAAGCCGUAGUUUCUGAUAUGCUGGCAUGGAAAACAUCCUUAGUGUACCUUCUGGCAGGCAAUGAAAAUGAUUGGACGAAAGCGAUUCACAUUGCAGCCAGUGAAGGCGACGUAAGCAUGAUAAAUAAGCUAUUAAAUCACCGCCCUGAUUGUCGCGAUAUGCUUAACAGAAACAAUCAAAAUGCUCUUCAUGUUUCCGUAUUGAACACUCAAGACAAGGUAGUCUGCUCCUUAUUAGACUCUGAUAAGUGCGACAGCCUUGUUGAUGAGCCAGAUCGUGACGGCAACACUCCUCUUUAUUUGCUUGCUGUCUCUGACUUUGAGGUAAAGCGGAAGUACGAGUACAUGCAGAAUCCAAAUGCAGAAACGGGAACAGGAGUCAAAAUGCGACUGAGGGAAAAUGAUCACGAUAAAGCUGAAAAGGCAGAUCAAACAGAAGUCGAAAGUAUUAUGAAAGUAUCUCAAAUCCAUAUUGUUGUGGACACUUUGAUAAUGACAGUCACUUUCGCCGCUGGUAUCACAUUGCCAGGAGGUUUUGAGAGCAACCCCGAUAGCUCUAAUAAAGGGAUGGCGAUUCUAACAAGGAAAACAGCAUUUCGUGCAUUUGUUGUUUCUGAUGCCAUUGCCUUCACAUGCUCAGAUGUUCCCAUAUUCAUCUACUUUGUCAUGGAAAAUGUAAGUACAAAGCUUCAACAUAAACAUAUAGAGAAGCCUUGUAAUCGCGCAAUUAUUUUUCUGUGCUUGUCAAUGUUAGCAGUUAUAAUUGCAUUCACAACUGGUAUGUUCGCUACUUUAUCACAUUCACUUGGUUUUGCCGUUACUGUCUGUUUCAUAGGUUGCCUCUCUAUUUUAUUGUUCUUCUUUGUUAUCAUUUGAUGAGUGUAAGAGAGACAUGAAUGCUAGCUACUACUUGUACUUAUUUCU